AUGGCAUCGGGCCAGUUCUUCGACCCCUUAGUCGCACUUCGCGUCGCGCCUCUUGUUUCAUCAACUUGCACCCUGCUGUUCGCUUGGGAUCAGCACUUCUUCCUCAGCCUAUUCAAUGAUACCUCCGAGCUUCGAAAGAAAAGCGCGCCUAUGUUGAAGCCGUACUUUAACACCUUCUUUUCACGCGGCGUCUUUUUCGUCCUGGGCUUCAUCGCCGUAUCGACGAGCACCGGUAUCUCAAAUCUCUACAGCCAGCCAGCUGCUCUGAAGUCGCAAGGCACUUAUUGGUGGUACGCUGCUGGCGCGGCGUUGUCUGCGGGACAUUUGCUUUAUGUUCCGGCUGUUGCACCGCACGUGAAGGCUCUGGCCGAGGCAGAAGACGACGACGACGUCAACGGAAUCUUGGAUGAGUGGUUGAAGGCCAACUGGUUGCGCAUGGUUACCGUGGACCUUGGCGCCUGGCUUGCUUUUGGUGUUGGGGCUUUAAGCACGUUGCGUGUGUGGGCAAAGUUGGAAAUAUAG